AUGGAAUUGAUGAUUGCAGCUGGAAAAGCUGUUCCUCAAUUGCAGCUGGAACAUGGCCUGGCUGUUGAUAGAGUGUAUACAGGGUCGUUUAUGACUUCCCUUGAUAUGGCAGGGUUCUCAAUCUCUGUCAUGAAGGCAGAUCAAACUAUUCUUCAGCAUUUGGAUGCUCCUACUAAGGCUCCAUAUUGGCCUGUUGGUGUUGAUGGUUCGCGCCCACCUGCCAAGGUUCCUGUUCCAGUUCCACCAUCAUGUUUGCCGAAGAGGGAUGAGGUUUGA